UCAGUCCUGGAGUUGGCCAGCAGUCAAGUGCGGCACCACAGGGGACAGGUGCGGCUUCUACAGCACAGGCUUCGCCAGCACCACAGGGCGCCUCCACCGUGCCACCCGCGGGUUCCAAUGUCACAAAUCCGCCGACUACUGUGGCUACAGGCAAACCGGGAGCCUGUAGACCCAACCCGUCCCCGAUGCCGGGAGAGUUUGUGAAGCAGUGUGAGCAGGACGGCAGCUUCAGUACCAAACAGUGUCACGGCUCCACCGGCUUCUGCUACUGCGCACACCCGCAGGACGGUACCAUCUACCAGGAGACGGGCAGGAGGGGCAGCAUGCAACACGACUGUGCCACUUACUGGAAGACUAAAGGUACAGGAGAAUCCCUGCUGGACUUCGUGAAGGGACAGAACACCGGCGCUGUGGUGGUGGCCGCGAUCGGCUGCAUCCUCACGGUGUUGGUCGUCAUCUUCGUGGUCUUCGGAGAGAUAAGAGGGAUCAACUUUGCGUUCUUUAAAAACACCCUUUAAGAUCAAUCAAUCAAUCAAUCAAUCAAUCAAUCAAUCAAUCAAUCAAUCAAACAUCUUCGUGGUCUUCGGAGAGAUAAGAGGGAUAAACUUUGCGUUCUUUAAAAAUACCCUCUAAGAUCAAUCAAUCAAUCAAUCAAUCAAUUAAACAAUCAAGCAAUCAAUCAAUUAAUUCCAUAACUAAUUGAUCAUUAAUCUUUGGGUUCUUUGAAAACACCCUUUAAGAUCAAUCAGUCAAUCUAUUAAUCGAUAAAUUAAUAGAUGACUAAUUGAUCAUUAAUCAACCAAUUGAUCGAUCAAUCAACCGAUCAAUUAAUCAAAUCAUAAAUCAAUCUAUUAGUCAAUUCGUUGCCAAAUAGCUUGUUUAAAUCUUCAACUGUAUUUGACAAUCAAUCAAAAGCAGUAUGGCAAUAUUUAGGAUCAAUCGCCUCAAAAUCAAUCAAUCAAUCAAUCAAUCUUUCCAUCCAUCGAUUAAGCGAUCUACCAAAAUGAUGAUUCAUCGAUCACAAGUCGCGAUCUUGGCAGCUCAAUAAAAUCUAAAUCAAAUGUUGGAAUAUAGUUAUAAAUGAUUAACUUUGAUAUCGACAUUUACAUCAAAAGAAUUGUAUAAUUGCCUUUUUCAGUUAUGUAAUGUGAAUUACAGGAGAGCAUGUGAGCUAUCAUUAGACCAUUUCAGUUUUAACCAACCAGUAUGGUGGUUGUACCAUCGCAUACAAGCACCCAAUAGACAUGGGCGUUGUUUUGUUUUUACCUAAGGUGCUUUGAUAGAGUGGACCUGUAGUCUUGUAGUUUAUUGGCAAAAACUUAGAUGUAUACAGGUUUGUUUGUAGUUCUAGAAAAUCGACUCUUUUUACACAAAGAUGAUUACGAGAAUCAAAUUGAUAUAGCUUAUAAUUACUGAAACUACAUAUUCAUGGAUUACCCACUGCGUGUUGUGUUCAGCUAUAGUACAAGUGUUAAAGAUGUUAAAGUGUUAGAUUUUGUACCAAAGGCAUGUUUUGAAUGCCGAAAUGUCCAUGCUUUGGUUUGUAGUGGUUACGUAAGGGUAGAUAAUAAAUUUGCUGCACGAAUAGCAUAGAUAAACACUUAAUUGUCGUGUGCGUGGGAUGAUUAAAUUUUCAUAAGUGAUACAAAUGUCAGCCUUAAUGUCACGGGGUAUAUAAGUCACGUCAUCUAUUUUCAUACUGUCAAGACAAGUAGAUGUAUUGCAGUCUGCAGACUCAAUAGACAUUGAAACACUACACAUUA